UUGCGUGCACUAACUGAUACUCGACGGCCCUUCGGCUCCAGCUUCCCCACGCCGGCAGAUACGACAGCAUCUACACAUGUAUCAAUAAUAAUCAAUCUAUCUACCAAUCCAUGCAUAUGUACAGACAGCCGCGUCGCUUUGUCUGCUCCUCGCUCGACAUUGUUUCGUCGGUCCCGCAUUUCACUAGUCAGUCCACAAGUAUUCCGACGGUGGCUGUUUGGGACUCUUCCCCGCGCAAACAUUCCAGGUCUUCGCAGGAUAUCUUGGCUGCUGCAUCGACGUGCUUGUCUCUUCAGAUCCGUAGCAGGAUGGGCAGGAUGGGCAAGAUGGACACUGUCUGCCCUGCAUCAAUGCCCGCACAUCGAGUCCUUGGUGGGGAAUGUUUCUCGGUCCGUAGUCAUGCGCUGCUGCAGGCCAUUCACCCUCCAACGCCACCUUGUCGCCAUUUGCUCAACGAUUCGACUCUUUGACCCAAGUUGUUGCACAGUCCGUGGACCCUGAAAGAGAUCUGCGGCAAGGAAGCGUAGAUAGCAUAGCUUGCGUAGUCGUGGGUAGAUGCGGCCGCCAUCCCCUCCAAAAAUCCACACAUUGUUUUGUCACAUACAUGACCCUCGACCAACAACAGCUCCUCCUUUUGACACACCACGUCUCAAUCCCCCGCCGUCCAUAGACACGCACCCAUUGUGCACCCCGUCCCCUGUCUUGCCCAGCUACCGCUGAGCACGUGUACCCUGGGGCUUGUUUGGUCGCUGUCUUGCUCAUAAAGCCCGGGUGAGUACCAACUACUAACCUUCUCCUACACUUGUCUACUCUCUUGCUUUGCCCCCCAUGAAUUCAUCCAAUGCAUCUCUCCCACCUCCCCUAGCCAGCCUCCUUUCCAAUUCGCUGGUCCUACGCCAGACCGCCCCUUACCUCUCAACCGCAUCUCUGUUUGCGCUGGCCGCAACCUCAAAAGCCCUCCGCCACCUCGUGCUCGAGGAUCGCGAAUCCCUCCGUCACCUGGAUCUUUCCACCGUCAAGUCUGCCAUUGUUUCCUAUGAGCCCCUCGAUUCCGGUGGCAUCAGUUGGCGCUCUGAGCGUAUGGACGAAUCAUUGACCGAGGAUGAAUUCUAUUCCGGUCCUCUCCGCGGCAUCUUCUCCAAGCUGCAACGCCGCCACAUACUGCAAAACGUGCAAACUUUGGUGCUAGAUGGUCUGAGUGUUCCGGCAGAUCUUGUGCGAGAAAUCAUCGCCGAGGACAGGUUCAACGUUCGUAUACUGUCGAUCCGCGAAGUCAAGCACCUCAACGAGCGGAAGCUACAGCAAGUGUUGCGCUAUGCUGUGCGGCCAACCAGACCUGCCGGUUCACCUAAAAUCAAGGGCAUCUACCUGUUUGGGCCUCGCGACUCUGUUCCCGCGCCUCACACCCACAACGAGAAGAAGAAAAGCCGUCAAGCCUCGCCUGCAAGAGGUGUUACAUCUUCACAGGGUGCCCAAAUCGGCGCUGAAUGGAAUCAGAAGUCUACGUCUGCGUUGAAUGCUGCCUUGGCCAAGACCGACGACAAAUGGUACCAAUCCACCGGCAAAAUGAUCGCCAAGCGACCUUCCCUUGACUGGGCUGAGACUCUGAAGGCUUGUGAGGGCAUCAUUGCUUUUGAUGCGGUACUCUGCAGAGGGCCCCGACACGACCCCGCCACGGCAUUCGUUCACGAUCCUUCCGUGCCCAGCAUGCCUCAUCCCUCUUCAUAUCUCAGUCCCGCCGUCGCGACGGUGGCACUUGGUCCUUCAGGUUGCGAGACGUGCCAUUCCUGCCCCGAAACUCCCGCUGUCUUUGGCGAAACCCCAAAUUCUUGGUUGCCGCUCUUGAGCCCAGUUCCACUCCACUCGAGCACAAUCCGAGCUGCGCAGAAACCUCGAACCACGGACGGAUCCAAACCUCCUCCUCUCUAUAUUCGCUGCGAGGAUUGCCUGAAAGGGCGUUGGUGUGAACGGUGCCAUAAAUGGUGGGGGGAGGAUUGUUAUACCGGAUCAACGGUUGCCCAACGUACGGAACUACAGCAAACCGAGUUUAUUGAGGAUGUGCAGACCGAUGGAGCCACCUGUGUUAUUCCAAAGCAAUCUAUCAAGGUCAUCGGCGUUCGACGAGACUGUUUUGGCUGCGGUCAUACUUGCAUUACAUGUAAGGAGCUGUUUAUUCGAAAGUGCAAGACAUGCCAGAACGAAUACUGUCUCGAGGAUAACGACGCAUCAUCUGACAGCAAGUGUGACUGGUGCAACUUCACCUCUCGGAGGACUGUUGAAAUGUACUAG